AUGCAGUCUCGGUCAUCUUCGUCCAGAGCUUCAUCAAGCAAUCAUUCAUCCCCAAGAAACACCAGUUCAAAUGUCGCCUCUCCUCGCUAUUCUGACUUGAACCUCGUUGGUCUAGAGCCUCUGCCGUGCAAAAUCACAGAUGCAUUUUUCUUAUUUGUCGGUGACCUAUCAUCGCCUAUUACCGACGUUUUCACGCUCUCAUUUAUGAAGACAUACCUAAAAAGUUCGAUACCCAUUAGAGCUAUUGUAACCACUAUUGGGAACAUACUUUUGGAAUAUGAAAGGCAAUCUGACCUGUCUAGCUGGCAAGCGGCUGCGGCCGCGUUAGCCGCCCAAGACCGCCCAAGAUUGAAUGGAUACUUGGAUAUGCUCACUUCUCCGGAAUAUGAAGAUCAGCAUCUUACUCUUUUGUUUGGGAAUCUACUCGCCUACAUGGAGCUCAUGGUGGCGCGUUCAUGGUGCCUUUUUGAGGCCGUCUUGAACAAGCUGUCGGACAAGAUAAGAGGACAGCUUGGCGAAGAACGACGCACGCCGUUUCUCUACUUCGACCGAGGUCUUCUCAUGAACUUCUCACUUUUAAAAGCUUACAGUGCCUUGAUAUUGCGCCAGGAUACAUUUCUAGCUGGUAGUGAUCUUUACGAUCCCUCGCCAUUUGUAGAUAUCGACUCUAGCAUCAGCCAAGUCCGCGCUAAUGCUGCCAUACUACACCACUAUUGCAAAUGGGUGGCAUAUUUUGCAAGGUGCCAUCACAAAGCUACGAGAUUUGUGAGAGAGUCCCGACAUACAGCAGCGAGCCUCCAAAAUAAGAUUGGUGAUGUAACUAAAGAAGAACUCCGACAUGCGCUUUCUGAGGCUGGGCUUUUAAAAGUUGCGGAAGAAAUCAUCGAGAGUUCAUAUAAAAUCACGACUGUUUUAGAUGUACUUCGUGCUUCAGACGAGGACGACGAAGCUUUGGAGGGAGGAGAUUUCAGCUACUUGAGAGAUGUGUAUUAUCGCUUCGCACACAUGGCUCUUACGCGAACGUUUUCGGACCCAAUCUGGAAACUUAUUGGCGAGGAUGUGCCGGCUAUCCUCGACCUUCCGGACCUAGAGACAUAUGGUUUGGCUAUUCUCGAAAGAUUCGAACGAAGAGCCCCUGUGGCUGGUCUUGAGUCCUGGAGCUACUUGCCUAUCUUAAUGGGUGUUGCAUUCGAGGUUAAAAAGCCAGAGGACCAAAAGAGAGUUGAGAACUUAGUAAUGAGCAUUGCUGAGAAAGGUUUUGCGUCCGCAGAGUCGAUGCUGGGCGACAUGCGGCUCCUUUGGAAGAUGGGCUCCGCAUUUAAAAACAGCAUGGGCAUUGGGCUUUAA